AUGAAUGCGAUAGACGACUUGUGCCAAGCAAUCAAGCCACCAGUACGGCCCAGUGAUGAUACCAACACCUCCAAGCUUGGUUACUUAGAAUCCAGAGCAAGGAACAGGAUUCUUCUAGAACUAGACCCGGAGAACCAGAUCCCCUUGCAAGAUUAUGAAAUCAACUCGCUCGAGAGCUUUCUAAAAGCUACACCACGGCGGGAUGCUCGACUCAAGGUUGGCCGCGACCUGGCCCUUGCGAUUCUGAGCCUCGGAGCUUCCUCUUGGACUCCGGCCACAUGGACCGCGAAAGACCUGUUCCUCGUCCGGGAUCCCGAAGUCCCCGUUCCGCAGCCCUAUUUCAGACACGCCUCGCUCCGUGACUCGCUUGAAAGCAACGAUCCCAGGUCAACCUCCACGCAAACUCGAGCUUCGCUCUUCGCAAUCGGUGUGCUGCUCCUGGAGCUCGUUUUCAGGGACCAGUUAGAAAACCAGUCAUUCCGCGCAGCGCUGAUGGGAGCGGACAUGAUGCCAACCGCUGCGACUGACCUGGCCACGGCCUUGAUGUGGCAGCAAAAGGUGGAAGAAGAGCUGGGCUACGACCUUGCCGACGCGAUCAAGCGCUGUCUCGUGUGCAUGUUUGAGCAGGCAACGACUCUGGAUCUGGGGAAUUCCAGCUUUGUUCAGGCCGUGUGGCAGCAAGUUGUAAGACCGAUUGACUCGUUCCUCACAGCUUGGAAUAGAAACUGA